CAGUCUAUGGCAUCUACUGCCCCUGCAAGCGCAGGCAAGAUGGCAGCUUCCAUUUCGGCCAUAUUUUGGCUUUAAAUCGCCUUAAUGAGAGUAAAUGGGGACCGUCCAGUCCAUACUUUUAUACAGUCUAUAAUCACAACCCAAACUCCACAACGCGCCAAGCAGCACAUUUUUAGUUGCUGCGGAAGCACAGCUCAUUUAGGCUCAGCUCAGCUCACCUCAGGACUUGUUGUGCUACUAAGAUAUAAGGCAGUGUGAGGUUGGUGGAUGGUGGCAGUCGCUGUGCUGGGAGAGUGGAGGUUCUUCAUAGAGGGCAGUGGGGAACAGUGUGGUGAUGACUGGGAUAUGAGUGAUGCUGCAGUGGUGUGUAGAGAGCUGGGCUGUGGAGAAGCUGUAGAUGCACUGGGCAAAUCUCAUUUUGGAUCAGGACCAAUCUGCAUGGAUGAUGUGGACUGUAGUGGAUCAGAGUCUAGACUGAAGAACUGUAGAUCACCAGUAUGGGGUAAACAUGACUGCAAUGAAACCCACAAUUCUGGAGUCAUCUGUUCAGGAGCCAGGCUGGUUUUAGGUUCUCGCUGCUCUGGGAGAGUGGAGGUUCUUCAUGGAGAGAGCUGGGCCACAGUGUGUGAUGCUGACUUUAACCAGCAGGAUGCAGAGGUUGUGUGUCGAGAGCUGGGCUGUGGUUCUCCUGUGGAGGUUCUGGGAGCAGCUGCUUUUGGUAGAGGGAAGGGUCAGGUGUGGUCAGAGGAGCUUCAGUGUAGAGGAACUGAAUCUCAGAUUCACUUCUGUCCAAAAUCAUCUUCACUCAAACACAACUGCUCCCAUGAUAAUGAUGUGGGACUGGUGUGUUCUGAAAGUGUGAGGUUGGUGGAUGGUGGGAGUCGCUGUGCUGGGAGAGUGGAGGUUCUUCAUAAAGGACAGUGGGGAACAGUGUGUGAUGAUAACUGGGAUAUGAUGGAUGAUGCAGUGGUGUGUAGAGAGCUGGGCUGUGGAGAGGCUGUAGAUGCACUUAGUGGUGCUUACUUUGGAUCAGGAUCAGGACCAAUCUGGAUGGAUAAUGUGGAGUGUAGAGAAUCAGAAUCCAUACUAAAGAACUGUAAAUCAGCAGGAUGGGGUAAACAUAACUGUAAUCAUCCUAAAGAUGCUGGAGUCAUCUGUUCAAGAGUCAGGCUGGUUGGAGGUUCUCACUGCUCUGGGAGAGUGGAGGUUCUUCAUGGAGAGAGCUGGGUCACAGUGUGUGAUUCUGACUUUGACCAGCAGGAUGCAGAGGUUGUGUGUCGAGAGCUGGGCUGUGGUUCUCCUGUGGAGGUUCUGGGAGCAGCUGCUUUUGGUAGAGUGGAGGGUCAGGUGUGGUCAGAGGAGCUUCAGUGUAGAGGAAACGAAUCUCAGAUUCACUUCUGUCCAAAAUCAUCUUCACUCAAACACAACUGCUCCCAUGAUAAUGAUGUGGGACUGGCAUGUUCUGGUGACAAGCGAAGACUUGUUGGUGGUCCUCACGCAUGCUCUGGGAGAGUAGAGAAGCUUCAUCGGAAUUCUUGGCUUCCAGUGUGUGAUGCUGACUUUAACCAGCAGGAUGCAGAGGUUGUGUGUAGCUGGGAGCUGGGCUGUGGUUCUCCUGUGGAGGUUCUGGGAGCAGCUGCUUUUGGUAGAGCAGAGGGUCAGAUGUGGUCAGAGGAGCUUCAGUGUAGAGGAAACGAAUCUCAUAUGUACCUCUGCCAGACAUCUCCUUCCUUGAAACCCAACUGCUCUCACAACAAGGAUGUGGGACUAAGAUGCUCUGGUCACACUCAGGCUCGGCUGAUGAACGGCUCAGAUUCCUGUUCUGGUCGAGUGGAGCUCCAGUACCUCAGUGAGUGGGGUACAGUGUGUGAUGUAAGCUGGGAUAUGAGAGCUGCCAGCGUCCUCUGUGCUCAGCUGAAGUGUGGGAGUUCUGUGGCUGUGUUGGGGUCAGACUGGUUUGGGGAGGGGAGUGGCCGGAUCUGGGCUGAUGUGUUUGAUUGUCAGGGAAACGAAACACACCUGUUAAAAUGUCCCAUUUCAUCAUGGAGUCGAACUGCAUGCUCUCAUAAACAGGAUGCUGGAGUUAUCUGUAGUGGUUCUUCUCUGGCGUCUCAUGAGGGAGGAGUGCGGUUGUCUGGAGGGAUGUAGUGUGAGGGGGAGGUGGAGGUGUUCUUCAGGCAGGACUGGAGGAGAGUUCUGCAGGACUCCUGGAGUGAGUCUGAG